AUGUCUUCCUUCAACUUUUCUGAAGUUGUCAACCCAAACGUCGACCAACUCCAACGUGCAUUCGCUGAUCUCCGACUUCGCAUGCGUAAGGAGGAAUGGUUGCGCGACUGGAACCAGCUCAUGCGGGAGCUUAGUUCUAAUGCUCUUGAUUGCAAGACUUAUAACAUGAGUCUUGCGCUAUCCUCUGAAGAAGGUGCUAUGGGUCGCAAGGCUGAAGACGCCCACAAGACUUAUUCCGCCCAGGUGCACGCCUACAAGUUGGAGGUUCAGCACCUGGUGGAUGAACAGGCUGCGCUGGAACUUGCGGAGAGGGAGAAGAGUAGGGAGAAGGAGCAGGAGCAGGAGAAGGGAAAGGAGAAGGCGAUUGAGACGGAUGUCACUAUGGGGAGAGAGUUGGAAGAAGAAGAGGCCCCAGUUCGUCCCCUGCGGGUUAUCAUUACCAAGCGCGCUAAGACUACUGGCGCUAUGGCGGGUAGGGGAAGGUCCUUAAAGGCGUCGCGUACAGCUGUUUCGAUCGCCCAUGCCAAGCCUUGUACGCGGUGCUUAAAGGCGGAAAAACCUUGCGUUGGAAAGCCCAACACUGCUUGCGAUUCUUGCAAGGACUCGCGAAAGAAGUGCGACUACUCGACCCACAGGCGUGGCGUUGUCAAGGAGAGGGCUGCUGCUCGUGCCAUUGCUGUGGCCAAGGUGCCUUCUGCCCCCGCCGCAGGUACUUCGGGAGCGGGCGUUCUGAUUCGUUGUCCCAGGACCACUCCUGAGGAUGUGACAGUUUCUUCCGAUGAGGGAGAGGGAGAGGAGGAAGAGGAGGAAGCGGAGGAAGAGGAGGAAGAAGAGUCGGUAGAAGAGUCGCGUAAGCAGAAGUUGGAAGGUAUCAACGUGGACUUCGACCCUCUGGUGGAUGUUGAUGCGGCGGAUGAAGAUAUCCUUCUGGAGAGCAAGGUGCGGAUGUUGUAUGCCAGGAUGCUCACCAUGCAUGGCAUGCUCUUGGAGAUGAUGACAGAGGUGGAUUCCUUGGCGGUACGGUGCAAGAAGAGGAGGAGGCUCCUGUAG